UUUUGCAGGCACAAUUGCGAUUGGAUAGAAGGACAUCGAACGCAGAACGUCACAAUAUAGUGUCCGAACUGUUGGUGCAAGUGGGGCUAACUGGAAGUGCCAGCACUCUGAUAGGAAAACCCGGACAGGACAAAGUGUUGUCCGGGGGAGAGAAGAAGAGAUUAGCCUUCGCUACUGAGCUGAUGACGAAUCCACCGCUUCUAUUCUGUGACGAGCCCACGACAGGACUGGAUUCGUUCUCGGCGCAGAAAUUGGUGGAGAAAAUGAAGGAGAUGACGCGUGGUGGUAGAACGAUCGUGUGUACCAUACACCAGCCUUCCUCCGAGGUCUUCAACAUGUUCAAUCAACUCAUAAUCUUAGCAGAUGGACGAAUCGCCUUUAUUGGCAGUACAAAAUUAGCCCUCGAAUUCUUCAGCAAACAUGGCUAUGAAUGCCCGGAGACCUACAGCCCUGCAGACUUCUUCAUCCGCAUGUUGGCCAUCACGCUUGACUCGGAGGACGAGUGCCGGAGGGUGGUGAAGAGGCUGUGUGACGAGUUUGCUGUGAGCGAAGCGGCGCGCGAGGUGGAACUGACAGUGCAGCUCGAGGCGCGCAAGGGGUCAGCCUGCGAGGUAACUACAGACAAGAGGUCCUACUUCACAUCUCCAUUUUGGUUUGAUAGAUUUCAGUGGCUGACAUAUCGCUCCUUCAAACAAGUUCUUCGUGACCCUUCAGUUCAGUUCUUGAUGAUUUUGCAGAAAAUAGCUCUCGCCGUGAUGGUAGGGCUCUGCUUUGCCGGCUCUGUGUCCGAGACGCAGACUGGGAUCCAGUCUGUGCAGGGUGCCCUGUUCAUGUUUGUGACGGAGAAUACAUUUGCGCCCAUGUACUCGACGCUGGCAUUCUUUCCUUUGGAACUGCCCCUCUUCACAAGGGAGUAUCGCAGCGGCCUGUACAGUACACAUCUCUACUACUUGUCGAAAAUGGCUGCCAUGCUCCCUGGACUGACUGUGGAGCCACUUCUGUUCGUACUAAUUGCCUACUGGCUCACCGGACUCAGGAAUACGCUGUACGCGUUCCUAAUGACUGCCAUGAUCACAACCCUCACCAUGAACGUGUCAGCAGCCUGUGGCUGUUUCUUCUCGAAUGCCUUCAGCUCCGUGGCAACAGCGAUGGCGUGUUUGGUCCCAUUUGACUGUGUUCUCAUGGUCACUUCUGGACUCUUUUCUAAGCUCAGCACACUGCCAUAUUACAUCAGCUGGACUCAGAACCUGUCAUGGCUAAUGUACUCAAAUGAGGCUAUGUCCAUAGUUCAGUGGGUGGAUGUUCGCAACAUUACGUGCGAAUUGCAGAAUCCAGACCUGCCAUGCCUGAAGAACGGGUCGGAAGUUCUAGACAAAUACAAUUUCAGAACUGAACAUUUAUGGAGGAAUAUUGUUGCUAUGACAACUUUGUAUUUUAUUUUUCAUCUCCUUGGUUAUUUAUGUUUACGUUCCCGAGCCAGAAAUUCUUGAUCUUGUUAUUCUUCUAGAAGUGCAAAUAAAUAUACUCGUAUGUUGUAA